AUGGCGCACUCGGCGCCGCUCGGCCUCCUGGAGCAGGGCUGCCCCAUCCAGGUGGAGCACGAUCGGAAGCGGCGGCAGUUCACCGUGCGGCUGAACGGUUGCCACGACAAGGCGGUGCUGCUCUAUGAAUAUGUGGGGAAGCGGAUCGUGGACUUGCAGCACACGGAAGUACCGGACGCCUAUCGAGGGAGAGGAAUAGCCAAGCACCUCGCAAAGGCAGCCCUGGACUUUGUGGUGGAGGAAGACCUGAAAGCUCACCUGACGUGCUGGUACAUUCAGAAAUACGUCAAGGAGAACCCACUGCCGCAGUACCUGGAACACUUGCAGCCUUAAGGCAGGACAGCUCUGACAACAGCGCGCCUGUCCCUGACUGUUCAACGCGGCCUUUGCUUCUCUGUGGUCUCAGGAAACCCCCCUCCCACACUCACAACUUCCACUUUUUUAAGCGUGUCCGUGUGGUGCAGGAGUGUGGGCACGACCUCCUCCUCUCUGCCCAUGUGUGAACGUGGCUAUGGCCCCUGGGCCAGGCUGGCUUUGGGCACACAUGGUGUCCCCUGGUGCCCUUCUUCCCAAGCCAGGGGUGGGAGAGGAUAAUUUUUCCACCAAACUCCAUCACAAGACUAGGGGAUGACUCGAUCUGCGCCUCAUCCUCUCCCCUCCGCUUGGCAACAGCUGUGAACUGGCUGGCGGAUGUUGGUUAGGGGCAGUCGUGGGGUACCAGCCCCCCUUUCCUCCUGGCAACUGGGGAAGAUGCUGUGGAUUAAGCCUCGUGGGACAGAGGGAGGUGCUGGAGGAGCCCCAGCCCCAUGGCAGGUUCAUCCCCUGCAGCAUCUGCUGGGCACCGAGCCUUGCCCAAGCCCAUGUGGGGCACAGGUGAGAACGUGUGGGCCAUGGUGGUGCCUUGGGGGCUUUGCUGCACCAGCUGUGGAGACACUGGGAUGGUGACACCUUCAAGCCUAGAGACAGGAGCCGUGUGCGGAGCAGGCUUCAGCCACAGGGGCUGCGGCAGAGCUUAUGCUGCCUGAGUGUGUACAGGAUGAAAGGCGUCUGAGUCGCAGAUGCUGCUCCCUGGAGAUGCCAGCCCCUGCCCAGCCUUCUGUACAUAGCCCUGGUGUGGCAUCCCUGCAGGGUUGUGGGCCGUCGUUCCUGUCUCUGCUCCCUGCUGUUGUUGUCUGUGCUGGUGUGGACACAGCCUGCUCAGGAGAAGAGCACCAGCCCUGGCCUAAGCAAUGAGGGGACAUCCCAUGCUUUUGCAGGCACCAGGGUGGUUUCCUGCAGUUGAAGAGGAAUGCUCCCCCCCUCUCCCUCAACUCCAGCUCUGCACCCCUGUCUGUGCCCCAGACGGUAAGGCCUGAGCUGUCAUCGCAUCCUGAGAGCAUCGGGGGUAAGGCCUCUAGAACCUGGUCCUGGCCCGUCUCCAGGACUCGAUGCUAGAGCUGCCUGCCUCUGCCUGGAUGCUGAUUACUUCUCCUUACGGCCUUUGGAAAGAAGCCCUGGCUCAGGGCUCGCUGGCCUCCUCGCUGCUCCAAGCCCUGGGUGCUGGCAGCAUUGUGGGGUCCUCGGCCAGCAGCAGGGAGGAACACCCUCAUGUUGCACUGUUACCUCUGCAGAUGAUGACCCCGUAGCACAGCUCAGUGUUGCCACAGUCGGAUGUAGAGGUAGCACUGUGAUGGCAGGACACUGCCUGGCUCUGGCUUGUUGCCUGUCCUGCUUUGCCUAGGCUUUCCAGGGCCUGAGCUAGACCCCAGAGCAUCUCCCCUCAAGCUCUCAGGAUUUUGCAGUGUCCCAGGGCUCGGCUGUGGUGGAGGAGAUGGUGCUGCCAGCAUGCCAGCCCUGAGCAGCUGCUGGGGGCUGCAGCCAGACAGAAUGAGCUAAAGAGCCUUUCGCCUGGAGGCCAAAUCCAGACCUAGCUUAUCUCUCAGCAGGGACUAAAGUUUACAAUCUGUGCCACGGUCCGAAUGAAGCCCUGGCCAAGAGGCAGCUCAGCCCUCUCCCAGAGCCCAGCGCAAAGUCCAUGGAGGCAAAGACAAAAGCUCCUACAACCUUCUCUCCUGGUUGGGUGGGUUGGAGAUGGAGACCCUGUGCCUGAUCUCAGCCAGGGAGGCCCUGAGCUAUUCCUCCUGGUCACCAGCUUGAGGCGAAGCCCUGGCGCCUGCCUGUGCUUGUGGGCUGCCCGCUGCCAACAUAACGCAGCCCUCUGCCCACAGGCCUGAGUAAAACCUCCCAAACUCCAUCCCUGCCCUGCCACUGCAGGCUGCCUGUGUCCAUUGCCUGCCUGGGGAGGGACCUGUGCCUGGUGGCAGACCUAUCUCCAGCUUGUGCUGCUCAGGAGAGGCAUCAGGCUCAGCCCUCUUGCUGCCUCAUGCUUCUGUCCUCUUGCUGCCUAUUUCAGCCUGGCUGCGACCUUCAGGUUGGCUUAGAGGGACUGGGAAAGGGUUGCAGGUAACGAACUAAAGAAAAGGGGCUCAAGAAGAAAUCUGGGCUGCUGAGUGUUCAUCCUUUAACAUGCAAAACAUACUUCAACAUCUAGUUACAGGAGCAAGGCUGGCUCUGUUACAGCCAAGUGAUGACAGAACUGUCCCUGCUCUUGAUCCCAAGGUGAAGCUGAACCAUCUCUUCUUCUGCAAGCCAAGAUAAGACAUCAUCGUAUCUUUGUCACAGCUGGGCUGGGUGCUUGGGGGAGAUGCGCACACCUGGUUGCCUCUUGGGAGCAAUAGCGCAAGUCCAGCGCUGCAAGCCUCUGCCCUGGUUUUGUGCUUAUUUCCAUUGGGUGACAGUUCCCAGAAGUACCAUGUCGUGUCCGCUGCGUGAGAGUGGCUCGCUGGAGGGCGUGCUGUGGUCGCUGCACCGUCAGGGUCCCAGCAUCCAAGCUUAGCCCUGGAGCCCUUCGUGAUGCUCUGGCAGGAACCUCGUGCUUCCCAGCACUGGAUCACAAGUGGCAAUCGCUGCCUUAAAUCAGGCACAGCACACGGUUUUGCUGCUGCUUCCCUUCGAGGUGCUACAGUCCCUCUGGUGUCUGACCUGAUGGAGAUGUGUGCCAGUGUCCGUGCCAACCGUUUCACUGCUGUACCCAUCCUUUGCCCCCAGCCUUCCCUUCCUCGUGGUCCUUGAUCUCGGCGAAUAGCAAUACCCAUAGGUCACCAGCGAUGCCGUGGUCCACAGUGCUCCCAUGAUCUGGCACUGCCAUGUGGGAGAUGGCUUGGGGUCCCUCAGCGUUGGGCAGCCCUCCCUCCCGCCUCUCCGCCAGCUGCCCUUUCCCAGCUCAUCUCUGCAGGAAGGAGCUUUGAGUCCUGCGCUGCCCCUUGGUGCUGACUAAGCCUGGAGGAGUUGGGGAUCCUGGACUCUCUCCGGAAACGGGAGUGUGGAAGUGGUUUGGUUGAAUAUUGAGGUCCCGAAACCCAUUUGAACUACAGACCUUGUUGGGUGGGGAAAUGCAGAUUGCUGUCAAACCUGCUUCCACAUCACCCAACUUGAAACACCCCUUCCCUCAUUCGCUUUCCAGCGUUGUCUUCCUCUGUCCAAGGUUUCCGUUCUGUUGAAUUCGGUGGUUACAAUGUGCCUUUCCUUCUCAGGACCUGUUACAAAUGACCUUUCUGCUUUUGUUUAUGUCUAACAUUUAUCUUUAUCCCUCCCUCUGUCAUACUAUAAAACAUGAACAUAUUGCAUGGAGUACAAUACAAUAAAAAGUGUGGCUUAACUGA